ACAAGCUAUGCUUACUAGCAUCAGCGCAAUUUAUGACGGGCAGUGGGAGGAACGGCGUCACGGAAUUUAUACCUUUCUAGAACCGGUUUGAUCCAGUUCUCUUGAGCGUGGGUUGCAUUAAACACAAAGGAAUUUCUGAUUUUAUACAGCUUUUACUACAAUUUUACCGCAUUUUAAACAGUUUUCGUUUUAGAAUUUUACACAUAUCGUUCCCAUAACGAAUGAAAAUACAAAAACUACUGGGAAUUUUACACAGAUAACCAGCAUGCCUUCUAGAAAGAGAAGUGUUGCUAGCAGCAAUGGAGGGGCCAAGAGAAAAAGGGCAGUCUCCCACACAGCCACUACCACAUCAGCCACAAAUGAUGAAGCCAUUAUUGCUCUCAGUGAAAACACUAGAUAUAGAAACUCUAGGAGAUCAACAGUAACAACACCCAAUAUACCAAUACCAGUUCCUGUCACAGAAAGUGUUUCAAUACAAACUCAACAUAUCGUUGACACGUUAACAGAUAAACUUGAGGCUAUAGUCGAGAAUAAGAUACAACAAGUUUUGGGCCAAAGUGGACAAGCACGUCCACAACAGGUACAGGCCCCAGAAACAGUUCCCACGCAACAGUUACAACAACAACAACAACAACAGGCGGAAUCACUGGAUGACCGGGCACGAAGUGUAUUUACUGGUAAUUCUGGUUGUCUCACUUCAGCUUCUUUACAAUCCUCCCCAUCAAUUCCACUCCAUGCAUCAGUUAAUCUGAAAAUAAAAGAAAAGAUCUGGGCUGACGAAUUUGUAGAUUUUUCAACUUCUUUUAGUAAGUCUCAGGAAUCGUUCAGCUUAACAAUCACGCCAACGGGCAUUUCUUCCUUUUCACAGUCAAACUCAAGAAAAUUCAUAACAAUUGAGCAAUGGACUGAUACUUUUGCAGUCUUUUCAUCUGUAUACAGGCAAAAGUAUCCGGACACUGCUGAACAACUAGCCCAAUACAGUAACACUGUGCGGGCAAUUGCCAAAGCUAGGGGUAACUGGCAUUAUUAUGAUGUGCAGUUCAGACAGCUCCGUCAGAGUCACCCAUUUUCUUGGGACUCAAUUCACCAUGAGCUAUACAUCAAAGCUCUAAGUCAGAAGCAGCCCUUUCGGCCAAAUGGCCCACAAACGGGCCAAUCUAGAAAAACCUGCAACAAAUUCAAUCGUGGAGAUAGAUGCACAGGAUGCAUCUACCAACACAAAUGCAAAACAUGCUCCGGCAAUCACCCACACUAUAAAUGCUGGAAGCGAACAUCCGACGGUGCCCCCAAAAAUUCAAAUAACGCGGGUCAGUCACAACCCAACAGGUCAAACCCCCCAAACAAAGCCAAUAGAUAAAGUUACGUUACCCACUCCGGUUAAAUGGCGCAAGCUGGAAACCCUUUUACAUGGUUAUGACACAAAAGUUACACAGUAUCUUGUACAAGGUUUCAAGUUAGGUUUCGAGCUUAAUUUUCAGGGUAAUAGAGACGGUACAGACAGUCCAAACUUAAAAUCUGCUAAUGAACAUCAUAACAUUGUGGAUGCAAAAAUCAUGAAAGAAAUCAAAGCAAAUCGCGUAAACGGUCCAUUUUUGGAAAAGCCCUUUCAAGAACUUAAAGUUUCGCCGAUAGGUGUUGUUCCGAAAAAAGAACCAGGGGAAUAUAGAAUGAUUCAUCAUCUAUCAUAUCCCCGCAAUACUGGAACCUCGGUGAAUGAUCAAAUUCCCGCUGACUUUACAGAGGUCUCCUAUGCAAAUGUCGAUGACGCCAUUACAAAAAUUAAAAUGAUAGGUAGAAAUGCCUUUAUGGCAAAAACAGACAUAUGCUCUGCUUUCAGAAUUAUUCCAAUACGUCCGUCCGAUUAUAGUU